UCUGUUUACAACUUAUCCUUCCUUUUUCAUCACUUCUGCUUUUGUUUGGCUGAAGAGACCAUUGCGAAUUUGGGAGUUAAUUAAUAAUCCAGUUAAAUUCUGCCUCAAAAUAUUUAUCAUGGAAGUCGGCUUGAAAUUUAUCCUUUUCAUAAAUCUCCUCUCAAUUUCGACCCCGCAAGAAGUGCAGAUUCAAGAUCGGCCCGAUUAUCAUGAAAAUUUCAUCCCGCCCGAUUUCCUGGCACAAUUUCCCACCCCGCUGGAACAAGUGAGGCAACAACUUGGGAAUGGCAAUAAUGGCAACAAUUUUGUGCAGGAGGGUGUCGGACAAAAUGAAUUUGGGCAACAAGUCGUAAAUAAUUUUGUUCAACCAAAUCCCGGGUUCGGAAAUAAUAAUGGUAAUAAUUUUGUGCAACCGAAUGCCGGACAAAAUUCGGGGCAAGGAUUCAGAGUAGCAAACGGAGGAAAUCUGAAUAAUUUAAUUCAAGGCGUCCAGGGGAAUAAUGGGGGACAAAAUUUCGGGGUUUCCGGAGGGAAUAAUUUCGUACAACCGAAUCCUGGGCAAUUUUCGGGGCAAGGAUUCAGACCUGAAGGAGCCAACGGAGUGAAUCAGGAUAAUAAUUUAGUUCAAAGCCUCCCGGUAAAAACUGAAAGGCAAAAUUUCGCAGUUUCCGGAAAUUCCGAAACACCACCACGCCAAAAUUUCGGCGAACCCGGAAAUGAAAACAAUAAUUUUGUCCCGGGCGAAAAUCAAGUGCCCGGAUUUCAGCAAAACAGCGGUGAGCCAGACAUUUAUGAUUUCUCCAACUUCAAAGGUGCCGACCUGCCGACCCUACCGCCACUUCAUAUCCCCCCGAAAACUCCGGUCGGAUCGCCCCCACCGCAACAAAGCCCGCUCGGAGAUUAUUUCCAAUUCAGAAGACAACAACAACCCGUCGGAUCCAAUUCGGGGAGUAACUUUACCCUCCCGGGUAUUCUGAAUGGGGUUGUCGGUUUCUUAAACAGGCUUAAUGUCGGGUUGACGAAUUUAAACAAAAAUAUUUUAGCGAAUAAUCAAGCUUAAAAUAAGUAGGCAGAUUUUUGCACUUGUUUAAUAAGUUAAUUAUUUUAAGAGAACAUGUAAAUUAAAUUAAUUAUAUA